GCGGUCUUUACUGUGGUUUUUUGGCUAUUUUGUGUUCGACGUCCUAGUUAUUUGCCUGACGUAAAUUUUUUGCAAAAUCUUAGUGUUCUUUUUUGUGUUUAAUACGUUAAAACUCUAAACUGUCUUAUUAAUUAUUGUUUGGUGCUUUUCGAAGACGGUGUAAAAUAUGGCUGACAAGAAAGGACCAGAUUGUCAUCAAAAUGUGUUACUUGCAGCACCUGCUUUAAAACAAGAGUACAGGAGGACCCAGAAAGCUCUGCCUUGGAGAUUUGGACAUCGAAAAAAACACCAUCGGGGGUGCGGUGCCCCCCCCUUCUUCGGCUCCAUCUUUUACCCCACAACCGCCGCCGCAGCCUAAUCCACCUGUCCCCACACCCCAGCCUUACGGGGUUAUGCCUGGAAUGCCAGGAUCUCCUUAUGUAAUCCCGGGACAGACUCAGCUAUAUCCUCAAGGUCCUCCGCCCACUUACGAUCAGAGUUUGACCCACCCGGCCAUUGUCGGGCAGCAUAUGUACCCCCCAGGGACAAUGUAUGCCGCUGGUUAUCCCAGCUAUUUGGGUUAUCCCACAUAUACUCCGAUGCAGUAUUAUCCUUCAUUGGGUGCCUACUCCUAUGCAAUGCAGCCUGCUCAACUGCGACCGACCAUCAUGAUACCGAAUCCGCACCUCUUCCAGAAUGGAUACGACACGGGGGCGCGGUUCGACGGCAUCACGCAACAGGUGUUACCACCCGCGCCCCCAGGCGUGCCACCGACCGCCGCGCAGUUGGCUGCCAUGGCCGGACACCAAGUGGCGCUAGGUCAAAAAAAGAACACGUUCUUGGCGGGCAGUUCGGAGGGCGGCUAUACAUUUUGGUAGUUUCGAUUGCUCCCCAGCACCCCCCACUAGACUAAUGGAAAUCAAGCUAGAUUAUAAUAUUGAGGAAAGUAAUAUUUGUUUAAAGUGAGAUUACACUCCCCUUUAUUUAUUAAGAACAAGAUAUACAUGACAGGCGUCGCGAAUGUCUUUUUUGUGUCCAGGCGACGCGCUUAUUUAUUUAUUUUUUUUUUCGUUUUCGAAUUGUUGAUUUUUGAUCGGUAGAGAAAUAAAGCGUUUUUUUUUUUUUGUUGAACGGUAAAUGAAACGUUGCAGCAAAUCGUUCUUUAUGACGGAAAGCAAUAAUCCAAGGAUAUGUUGAAUGUAUAUUUUACCUUCUCUCGAUGUUAGUGUUAAUUGGGUCAUAUAGUAUCCGAACUGAUCUUGUCGAGUCGGCAAAAUAGGUACUUUACAUCGACAACGACAUUUUCAUUUAUUUUAAUUCGAGUUCAGUGUAGAUAGUGUUUGUGUGAAGCAUAUUUCAGUGCAGAAGUGACCCAUUUAUUCUAACUUUGACAUUAUUUAUAAUUUGAAGUGUGUUUACAUUGUCUGACUUCCCAUCUAAUUUAUCAUUCGAGAAUACUAACUUUAGACACAUCUGACAAUUGUCAAAUGGAGUCACACACCUGAUAAACUUAUUAUGAAUAAUUAAACAAAAUGAAUAACAUAACGUUAAAUAUAAUAUCGGACUCGGCCAAAAAAAUAUAAUAAUAGUUUGUUGCAUUCGAGAAAUAACAAAUUUCAAAUCAAAUAAAAAACGGACGAGUCAAGUAAAAAAUUUAAUGGUGUGAAGUCAAAUGCAAAUAAAAUUAAAAAAAUCAGAUAGUGUAAACCACACUUUUAGAUAUACAGCGAGUAGCACUUCCAAAACC